AUGGCCCAAGAGAAUGUUGGAGUGGCGUUUGCUCUGGUGAUCUUUGCCGGAGCUUCUACCGCGAUUGGUUCGUCGGUGGUCUUUUUUCCCUCUUUGGUCAAGUACGCUUCCAAGAGGACCUUGGCGGCGGGGUUGGGAUUGAGUGCGGGUGUCAUGAUCUACGUUUCCUUUGUGGAGAUUUUCCAGAAAUCGGUGAUUGGUUUCAUCGAUGCCGGGAACAAUCCUGACACGGCGUAUGUCUAUGCCACUCUGUGUUUCUUCACGGGCAUUUUCCUCAUGACAGUCAUGAACUUUGUCGUUCAUCAGUUACUCCUGGGCGCCACGCAUCACAGUCACAACCAUCAUCAUCAUCAUCACAGCAAGGACCAUCAUAGCGACGAUGAGGAAUCGGAUGGCGACGACGAUGGAUCGGAAGACAACGACCGGGUGGGAGAUAUGCAGCCCAUUUGCUGUGUCAAGCCAGAACAGAUUGACCGAUUUCAAGAAAUGGGGGCGGCACUCGAGGAAGAAGAACAUCAUCAUCAUCAUGACAACAGCCACAAAGACGACAGCCACAAAGACAAAGACACUAACGACAAAAACAACAACCAACUGCGCUCGAGUCAACUCUCCCAAACACGAGAUGAUGACGACGACGACGACGACUUGGACUCGUCCGAUCAAUUCAACGCCGAAGAAACCACCACCGAACACUCCAAGAAACAGGAGUUGUCCGAAGAAGAAACAGCACGGUUGAACCGCAUGAGUCUCAAUACAGCCAUUGCCAUUGCCAUGCACAACUUUCCAGAAGGACUCGCCACCUUUGUCGCCGCCUUGGCUGAUCCCAGGGUUGGGCUCGUCUUGGCCAUUGCCAUUGCCAUUCAUAAUGUACCAGAAGGACUCUGCGUCAGUCUCCCCGUCUACUAUGCCACGGGAAAUCGGUGUCGGGCAUUUGCAUGGGGAUGUCUCUCGGGAAUAUCUGAACCCAUUGCGGCUAUUUUUGGAUGGGCCGUACUGGCAAAUUCGUUUUCGGAUGAACUUUAUGGGGUCCUCUUUGGAAUGGUUUCGGGAAUGAUGGUCAUUAUUUCGGCCAAGGAAUUGUUGCCCACGGCACAUCGAUAUGACAGUGAUGAUUCACUCGUUACCAAUGCCUUUAUUAUUGGAAUGGCAAUCAUGGCACUUUCUCUGGUCUUGUUUCUGUUAUAA